UAAAAAAAAAAACAAUUUUAUUUUAGGUUUCUUCAAAUGAAACAUAUUUAUGGUAUGUUAUUAUAGAACAUCAUCGAUCGCAACGAAAACCUAUAAUUCUACUGCUUUAUUCCUUUUUAAAACAAACCCUAAAAGAAAAUUUCUAUGAAAAUCUCAUCUCCCAUAAAAACAAACCCUUGAAAUCCGUUGAUUAUAAUUCCUUUUAGAUCUCAUAGUACACACCCUUCUUUUUCUGUAAAAGUUCCUGUUGCCCCCUUUUUAUUUCUCUUUAUAGUCGCAUAAUUUUUCAGGGUUUCGAAUCUUGCAUAAUCAGAAACUCUAUUACGAGAAAGUAGACGCAAAUUAGAUUUUGUAUCACAAGUUUACCUGCAUCAGAAUGGAUCAGCAAGGGCAUGGACAGCCCCCAGCCAUUGGGGUAGUGAGUACUGCAGGUCAAAUGCCAUAUGGCACAAAUCCUUAUCCGUCGAACCAACUAUCUUCUACACAAAAUCCGGGAUCUGUUGGGGCCAUCCAAUCUGCUGGUCAGCCAACAGGAGCUCAGCUUGCACAACAUCAACUUGCCUAUCAGCAAAUCCACCAUCAGCAGCAGCAGCAACUACAACAACAACUUCAGUCGUUUUGGACAAAUCAAUAUCAUGAUGUAGACAAAGUUACCGACUUUAAGAAUCAUAGCCUUCCCCUUGCAAGAAUCAAGAAGAUCAUGAAGGCUGAUGAAGAUGUAAGGAUGAUAUCAGCUGAGGCACCAGUCGUCUUUGCUAGGGCAUGUGAAAUGUUUAUUUUAGAACUGACCUUGCGAUCUUGGAAUCAUACAGAGGAGAAUAAAAGGAGGACCCUUCAAAAGAAUGACAUUGCAGCUGCCAUCACUAGGACUGAUAUCUUUGAUUUCUUAGUUGACAUUGUACCAAGGGAAGAUCUGAAAGAUGAAGUACUGUCGUCAAUAUCAAGGGGAACAAUGCCUGUUGGGGGGCCUGGUGAUGUUCCCUAUUGCUAUAUGCCACCUCAGCAUGCACCUCCAGUUGGAACUCCUGGGAUGAUAAUGGGUAAACCUAUGAUGGACCCCGCGGUCUAUGCCCAGCAGUCUCAUGCCUACAUGGCACAACAUAUGUGGCCACAGCAGGGAUCAGAACAACAACAAUCACCUUCAGAUUAGUAGCGAUUGUAUAUGCGGAUUGAGGAAGUAAAAGGGAGGCCCUCAGCUUCAAAUUGUGCCGUCGAGAUUGGAGCUGAAAUCUAGCAAGACUCUCUGUAUAGAAUAUAUCCUAAAUGGAGUAUCUGAUCGUAGACUGAGCCGUCUGUCUCGUAGCUUUGGAUAUUUGCUUGAUGUUUAGCCUUGUAAGAAAGGAGAUUAAAUGCCUGAAUUGUCGCUUGGCAUAAAGCAGAUCUAUAUUCUGAUUUUUCUCUUACCAUGAAGCAGAUUUAUUUGUUUAAUAUUAUCUUGUUCUCUUUAUUUCA